GAGGCGGCCUUGCAGAACCCUCGCGUAUCUGAAGAAGCCAAGGAACACGCUCAGCAAGUUUUGGACGAGCUCGGGGACACCGAGGAGGCAACUAUUAACACGGAGCGAUACUCGGAAGAGAAAGUUCCAGAUAAUGUCGCAAGGGGUUAUAAGGCUACUUUGAAGAACCCGAGGACGUCGGAGAGUGCUAAAGAGCACGCACGUGAAGUCCUG